AUGUGCAGACAACAGUGGUUCUCAUUGCCUUUAGCUUUGCUGCUAAUUUACUGUGGUCUCGGGACUAGUACAGCAAGCAUUGCGGUAAAUGAUGACCUGCGUAUGAAAUAUUUACCGUCGAACUGCAAUGAAGCAGUUCAUUUGGCGGGGAGCAAAGCUAAAAGUGGUAUAUAUAAAAUUCGAUUGCCACUGCCACAAGGUGCUUUUAAAGAGUUCUAUGUUAACUGUAUACUGGAUCCAUUGGGUGGAGAGGCCUGGACGCUAAUACAACGACGACAAGACAAAUCUAUAGACUUUUAUCGCGGCUGGGAAGAGUACAAGAACGGCUUUGGCAACUUAAAUACGAAUUUCUUUAUUGGUCUCGAUAAAUUACAUGCCCUAACGGAAUCACAGUUGCACGAGUUAUGGGUCGAGUUGAAGGACUUCGACGAUGUGGAGAAGYAUGCCAUGUACGACAGUUUUGCYAUUACMGAYGARAGCCAARAAUAUGCAYUGAAUAUUKURGGCACAUAUUCGGGCACAGCAGGUGACGCCUUAACUGAGGUACACGGUGGCGCCAAGUUCAGCACAAUCGAUCGGAAUAAUAGCGAGCGUGGUUUCAAUUGCGCAGCUUACUAUAAAGGCGGUUGGUGGUAUGGAAAGCAUAAUUGCCACAGUAGUAACUUAAAUGGACUCUACCAUAAUGGCCACUUUGGUACUUAUGCUGAAGGCAUAGUUUGGUGGAAUUGGCGUGGAGACUACUAUUCUAUGAAAUAUGUGCAUAUGGCAAUUAGACCAAAAGAUCUGCGUAUCGACAAUAAAAUAGUGAACUAAUAUCGGAAUAAUAAGUAAUAAUGGCGUGGUGACAAAACCCUUGUGGGAAGGGAGUAGAUUCAAGCGCAGUUCUUACCAAACUACAUAUAUAUUUAGAGAAGUAUACAUUAUAGUAGAAUAUAAACGAAUAAUAAUAUAACGACACAGCAGAAUUUCAAAUAAAGUAAAUUGGUUAGGAUUAUUAUAUUUAUAUUUUGUAGGGACCAUUAUGCUUACUCAUCAACCAACAAAUGUCUCUCACAUGAAAACUGGUGUAUUCUGAACUUGUUUUCAAAUAUGUCAAGUAGUUUCAGAGCCUAUUCAAUUCAAACAAGUAAACCACAAGUAUCUUCUCUUUAUAAAAUUAGUAUAUAAAAUUUUAUAUUCUGGACAGGGUAUACUAUUCUGUUUGCCGUGAAG